AUGACUCUUGCGUGUUUGCGAAUGGCUAAAGAGAAUCCUAGAAUUCUGCGUUUCUGGCUCAUCGAACUGGUCUCCGUUGCGCAGUUCAACGAUUACUUCUUGAGAGUCUACUCCCCUGGCCCAGCCACAGAUGCCGAUAUGAUCAUAGUCAACGGCGGUCUUUACUGGUUAUUCUGCGAGUGUGCUAGCUUGUUUGAAGAUAAACAGGUUGCAGAAACCUAUACUAACCAGGCUAUGCUGUGCCGGGAUAACCUUGAGACCGUUUUGUCAAACCUCCCGUUUCACAUGCCAGUCACCCUUGAUGUUGUCUUUUCUAUGAGUAUUGCGACAACAUACUGUCUCCAGAUGGCGAAACCGUCCGUGGCAUGGAGCUUCAUUACCACAGCAUCCCAUCUGUGCCAAACGCUUGGUCUCCACAGCGCCCACGCUCUAAUCGCUGACAACCCAGAAGCCAAAACACACAAGUUACGCUUAUUUUGGUCCGUGUACGUCUUGGAGAAAGCACUGUCUCUGCGCCUAGGUCGGUCAUCAACUUUUCGAGAUGAAGACAUCACAGCACCGCGGUUGACUCUGGAUCAGAGCGUAGAGACACUGUUGGUACCUAAAUGGAUCGAUGUAGCAUCUGUUCAGGGCAAGACCUACGACGAUAUCUAUAGCCCCAGCGCUCUACUGCAACCGGUAAACACCAGAAUCUCCCGGGCAAAGGCUCUGGUGGUUGAACUGAAGAAAAUCAUGGAAUGUGAAGAUGAGUUAGAGCAAAAAUACAACAACGCAAGACGCCAUGCUAUCGGCGACGCCCUUGACGAGAUUAUCCAGCGCUCCGACAGGGUCUGUAACUUGUCUCUACUAUCCCUCAUUUACCGAGGGAUACCCCCUGAAAAGCCCUCUGGAACCGCUUUUUGCGACGAAUGCAUAGCGACAGCCAGAGAAGCCCUAAGGGAGCAUGAAAAAUGCGUCUCCCUCAUUCUCAGAACCCCCUGGGACGACAGCUUCCUGGAAAUGUACAUUAACUGGACUCUGUUCCAAUUCCCCUUCUUCCCGUUCAUCGUCCUCUUCUGCUACAUUGUCGAGACGUCCGAGCCCGACGACCUCCAAUGCCUAGGUGCUUUUGUCGAAGUCCUUCAAUCAAUCCGUUCCUCCGCUAUUUACAGAAGCUGCAAGAGUCAAGUCCGUCUUUUCCGAGCUCUAUACGACGUAGCAAGAAAGUAUGUGGAGGUGAAGGCUAGCACUCCCGGAGCACAGAUAGAUAUUGCGAAUAGCAGCAUGGGUUCUCAUAAUGCGGAUAUAAACGCCGCAGGGCCUAGCAUAAUACCUACAUCGUCGUCGCUAAACCCGGGACAAGCUCCUAACAUAGGAGGGGUGCACGGUGCAUCUGCGGCCGGGUUGCCUACCCCGUGGGUUGGGAGUGGGCAGCAGUUAUUAACGCCUAUGACGGGGUACGGGCCGAGUGUCUACGCUUCGGCGCCGGCGCAAGCAGAUUUGAACAAUAAUAUGGGAGUAGACUUGAUGGGAAUGGAGCUGGGGGAUUGGUUUUAUGAAAAUCACCAGAUGUUUCGGUUGUUGGAUGAUGGGCAUUUCUGGUGA